AUGUCACCAAAUAGCAACACCACUCCAUUCCUGACCUUGUGGGCUUUUGAUUACACUGAAACUUGCAAUGAAACUUGGUGGGCUCCUUCAUAUACAUCAAAAGUAGUGAUGUGGAAAUUUUCAGCUCAAUCAGAUGACUCAAAAGUGCCUCAACUGAUGUACCAAAGUCAAAGGGGGGCUGCCCAAAAAAACUCCAGCCCUGUCAUGUUCGCUUCCUGGACCACUAUUUUGAGCUCAAUUCCACCUCUGUCAGAGGUCGCAUGCCCAAAACCUGAUAUCUGUAAUAGAACCAUGUCUAUUAUGAAUCCUGUCGAGAUAUGCAACAAUGCUUGUGGUAUUAUGAUUCUUGCUGAGAUAUGUAGUAGAGAUGUCUCUAUUACCUUUCUCACUUGA